AUGCACCUUGUGCCAGCCUAUCAGGUCUUCUCUCAUCAGGGCUCCGUGCAGCACAUCUGCUCGUUAGAUGUUGAAAUUCAGGACCCGCUGGAGGUGAACUGGCAUGGCGACCACUGGGCACCCCCACCCCUGCCCGCAGCGCUGGCCAACGAGGACUGCCUGUGGUACUUGGACCGGAAUGGCUCUUGGCAUCCAGGGUUUGACUGCGAGUUCUUCACCUUCUGUUGCGGGACCUGCUACCAGCGGUACUGCUGCAGGGACCUGACCUUGCUCAUCACAGAAAGGCAGCAGAAGCACUGCCUGGCCAUCAGCCCCAAGACCAUAGCGGGCAUCGCCUCUGCGGUGAUCCUCUUUGUUGCUGUGGUUGCCACCACCAUCUGCUGCUUCCUCUGUUCCUGUUGCUACCUGUACCGCCGGCGCCAGCAGCUGCAUAGCCCCUUUGAAGGCCAGGAGAUCCCCAUGACAGGCAUCCCUGUGCAGCCAAUGUACCCGUACCCCCAGGACCCUAAAGCUGGCCCUGCACCUCCCCAACCUGGCUUCAUGUACCCGCCCAGUGGUGCAGCACCACAGUAUCCAUUCUACCCGGCCGGGCCUCCCAUGUACAACCCUGCAGCUCCUCCCCCCUAUAUGCCAACGCAGCCCUCCUACCCAGGAGCCUGAGGAGCCGCCGUGUGUUUCCACCGCCCCCACAGGGACACCAACCUUGGGAGAUGCCCUCAUCCUGUAUCUGCAUCUGACCCUGGGGGCGGGCAGGGGGCCUCUGUCACCAGGCCCCAGACCAAGCCAAGCUCCGGUCCCAUGGGGACAGAGGUACAGGGAAGUGGAGCAGGAGCUGCGCUGGACGGAGGCAAUGACUGAUGGUGGGAAGGGCUCCGAAUGGAUGGACUUAUUUUUACAGAGGUGCAGAGAGGGCGAGCACCGCCUGGGUCACUGCCCCUGCCCUCAAACCAUCCCUCACCCCCAGGCUCCCAGUGGGAAAGCUGGGCCUCCUCUGUGCCCGCUCUGGGAUGAGAUGGGGGCCCUGGGGGGGUCCUGGACAGUCUUCUCACUGGCUGACUCUGUGGCCUGCUGGAUUAAAUCUGUAAAAACAUA